AUGUCAAAGCCAUCAGCCUUAAGCUUUUUUGAAUUUUUACAUUUAAAUAAGGACAAAACAUUUCGACCAAAAAAAAAAUUUCGCCCUGGUACAUUACGUUAUAAUCUUCAUAAAAGAGCAACUGCAACACUUAAAUCUGGUAUUGAUCUUAAAGAAGCAGUAAAAGUCCCAAACGAUGAUACAUUUGAAGAUUGGUUAGCAGUUCAUACUGUUGAAUUUUUUAAUCGCAUAAAUCUUUUAUAUGGUGUAAUUCAGACAUCAUGUACAAAGGAAACAUGUCCAAUAAUGUCUGGUGGUGAAAGAUAUGAAUAUUUAUGGCAAGAUGGUGAUAAAUAUCCAAAACCAACACAAUUACCUGCUCCAGAUUAUGUUAAUAAUCUUAUGGAAUGGGUUGAAACUAAAAUAAAUGAUGAUAAAAUAUUUCCACCAAGUAUUGCUGUUCCAUUUCCUCCAGAUUUUAAAAAAGUUUGCAAAAAAAUAUUAACUCGUUUACAUCGUGUAUUAGUUCAUGUAUUUAUACAUCAUUUCGAUUGUGUAAAAUUAUUAGGUGUGGAACCACAUGCUAAUACAUUGUAUAAACAUUUUUAUUUUUUUGUAACUGAACAUUCAUUAGUUUCAACUAAAGAAUUGGAUGCUCUUAAAGGAAUGAUUAACGCAUUAAUUUUAAAUAAUAAUCAAUAG